ACCUGUCAGUCGUCGUCGUCGUCGUCGUCGCUGUCGUCUUCGUCGUCGUAGUCGUAGUCGUAGUCAUCGUCGUCGUCGUCGUCGUCAUAAUUUUCUUUCUCGUUGUAUUAUCAUUAAAGAACUAUCAAAAUCUAUAAGAAAAUCAAAUGUGCACGAGGCCAUGCCGUGGCCCUGACCAAAGUUGCAUUUUGGCCCGAACUGUUUUCGGUGCCAUUAUUCGGCAAGAAUUCAACGAGUUUCUAGAUUUCUUACGAUAUUUUUCGUGAGAAAGAGAGAGAGAGAGAGAGAGAGAGCGAGAGAGGGAGGGAGAAAGAGAGAGAAAGACGCACACACACACACACACACACACGUAGAGAUAGAGAAACCCAGAGAGAUAUCGUUCGUUAGUGCGGACGCGCAGUUUAUUUCAACGUGAAUACGAGGAAGAUUGUUUUUGUUCCAUUGAAUACGUACGAGUGAGAACAGUACGAUAAUCUCUACGUUUCGUCAUGUUACAGUCGAACUUCGAGGAUUACAUUCCGUAUCUGAGCGGUGCCGGAGCUCUCGUAAUCACUGGUGUAGCAGCAUAUUAUGCUACAAGACCUAAGCCGGAAAAACCAUUGUGGCCACUCGACGCUCAAAGUAUUUUACUUCCGGGUGCCGAUUUGAUAAGAGUCUCACGAUUCUACAAGGACAGCAAGGAGGGCAAGUUCAUAAGUUACAUUCACGAGGACACCAAGACGCUUUACGAAGGCUUUCGCAGAGGUGCCAAAGAGUCCAACAACGGUCCGUGUCUUGGCUGGCGAGAUGGACCUAACAAACCUUACCAAUGGAUUCACUACAACGAGACUUUACUCAGGGCAAAGAACUUUGGUUCCGGUCUCGUAUCCUUGGGAUUGGUCCCUGGUCAGCACACAUUGGUGGGCUUAUACAGUCAAAAUUGUCCUGAGUGGAUCCUGACGGAACAAGCAUGUUACACGUAUUCAUUAGUUAUUGUACCGCUUUACGACACAUUAGGACCAGACGCGUGUGCAUACAUUAUCAACCAGGCUGAUAUCAGUAUAGUAGUUUGCGAGGAUGAUAAGAAAUCUAACUUACUUCUCGACAAAGCUCCUAGGUGUUUAAGGAAGUUAAUCGUCAUUAAAGAAACGAGACCGGCGACGAAUCAGAGAGCAAAGAAUCGCGGGAUUGAACUUUUGAAGUUUGAGGAUAUCGAACGACUUGGUGCACAGAAGAAUCAACCUGAAGUACCACCGAGGGUUACGGAUCUUUGUACGAUUUGUUAUACUUCCGGGACGACGGGCAAUCCAAAAGGAGUUAUGUUGACGCAUCAAAAUGUAAUGGCAGGCGUAUGCGCGGUCCUAUUGCAAUUGGGUGAUCACACACCGACCUGCAAAGAUACCAUGAUUAGCUUCUUACCCCUUGCACAUAUGUUGGAACGUUGUUGCGAGAAUGGUUUAUAUAUGGUUGGGGGAUCAGUCGGUUUCUACAGCGGUGAUAUCAAGAGGUUAUCGGACGAUAUGAAAGCAUUAAAACCCACCGUAAUGCCGGCUGUACCUAGGCUGUUAAAUCGCAUGUACGACAAAGUACAAUCGGAACUUCAGAGUUCGUUCUUCAAGAGAAUGAUAUUUAACAUUGGGAUGCGUUCGAAGGAAAGGGAGAUCAAGAAGAGUAUAGUGAGGAACAAUGGCGUAUGGGAUAGGCUGGUAUUCAAGAAGAUUCAAGAGUCUAUGGGUGGUAGAUUGAGACUUAUGUUAGUGGGUUCCGCGCCAUUGGCUGGUAAUGUCCUCACUUUUACAAGGUGCGCCCUUGGCUGUCUCGUCGUCGAGGGAUAUGGUCAAACUGAAUGUUGCGCACCGAUCACUCUCACUAUACAGGGUGAUCAUGUACCAGAACACGUGGGACCACCAGUAGCUUGUUGCUGCAUUAAAUUAGUAGACGUACCAGAAAUGGAAUAUUAUGCUAUCAACAAUCAAGGCGAGGUGUGCGUCAAGGGUACUAACGUAUUCGUAGGAUAUUUCAAGGAUCCAGAAAAAACGGCUGAGGUAGUCGAUGAACUCGGAUGGCAUCACACGGGAGAUGUUGGCAUGUGGUUACCCAACGGCACGUUAAAAAUAAUCGAUCGGAAGAAACAUAUUUUUAAAUUGUCCCAAGGGGAAUAUAUAGUUCCUGAAAAAAUCGAAAAUGCCUAUUUACGUAGCCAAUAUGUGCAUCAAGUAUUCGUCCAUGGGGAAUCCUUAAAAUCUUGCGUCGUAGGGAUAGUUGUACCGGACGUAGACGUAAUUAAAUGUUGGGCCGUGGAAAAUGGUAUACCAGGUACAUUAAGCGUUCUUUGCGCGAAUCCAGAGGUCAAGAGGUUGAUCUUGUGCGAUAUGCACAUGUGGGGAAAAGAAAAUGGUUUGAAGUCUUUCGAACAGGUCAAAGAUAUUUACUUACAUCCGGACCCAUUUUCCGUACAAAAUGGUCUUCUCACGCCAACGUUGAAAACAAAAAGGCCUCAAUUAAAAGCAUACUUCAAGCCCCAAAUAGAAGAUCUUUAUCAACAAUUUAACUGAUCGGAUUGAAUGCCAGUGUCUUCGUCGAAUGAACAAUUCAAACAUUUCUCCAAUAAAUUCAGAUCUACCGUCUCAAAUAUUCCUUAAAAUCUUAAUACUUUUAUUAUGAAUCAUUUUCACAGAUAUAUAGAGCAUCGCAGAAGAAGCACCAUCUAAGUUAUUGAGGUACUUGAUAAUAUUAUAUCUCUAAUAAAAUGUGUUAUAUUAUUA